AUGUUGUCUUUGAAGGCGUCUCUUUUUGGCCUCCUAGCGAGCCUGGUCCUGCCGUCACUCGCCACCGACCGAAACAUUGGCUGCAGCAAAUGUCUCGGCGCGAGCAAGGACGCCGUUCGUUAUGGCUGCUACCAGAAUUGCGGAAAAGCCUUCAGUUCAGCGUCGCACGAAUUUGGCGUCUGCCGCGACUACUGCUCCAAGUUCGUCUUCGAUCAUAGUUGCUGCUCAGGUUCUUGCCCGAGCGAUGCCAACACGUGUAUGAACAACUUCUACCCCCCAGAUGAUCCCACGAAGAAGCUCAGACGUUCGGCUGAGGGCGAACGGGGUCACGCUAGAGACUUUGUGCCUAGCUCAGAUGUCACCGCGGUUGCAAUCCGCCACUCUGAGACGGACCUUGUUGAGGCCAGAGACGCUGGUCAAAUCUGCUGCAAGACUGCGUCGGCGAUCAUCACGGCUUCAUCAUUCAAGUUGGCACCUCUCCUAAACGAGCAAAGAUGGAACGACGAUGUCGGUGCUGGAUUGGUUUUGAUUUCUACCGGCGUGGCUCUUUCGUUUGCAUGCAGUAAGACCUUCCAGAUCGACUGCUUGUUCACUGUCCCCGCAGCACAUGGCGCCGCUGCAGACGUCCCUCUUGGCGGAGGUCCUCUUCCUGGCCGGAAUGAGCUGUAA